AUGAGCUCCAGCGACGUGCGCGAUAUCUUAUCGCUUCCCAACCGCACAAAUGCAGAGGCAGGUCCAAGUCGUGCCCAGGUACGUGCGCCUCCUGUUCUCCCUGGCGAUGCGCGGCCGAAGCAGCGCCCGGAGGGCAUGUCUCGUGAACUUUAUUCUUUGUUAGGCCCCAACGCGCCGAGCCUCGUCAUGGCGAAUGGGGCCGCAGCUCACGGGGCCAACGAGGCAGCAGGUCUGCAGCGAGCCUUCCGACCGAAGUUCCAACGCAAGUCGAAUGCGGGUGUCGUGCGUAAGUGGAUGUGGACGCCGUUUCGCAACCCCUCGCGGAGCGAUACACCUACGUCUCUCGGUUCGACCGAUCUCGAGGCUCCCAUGACGUCACCCGCCCCCAAGGGACUCAUUCUCCAUCACUGGAAGCCACUGGCCUCGACAGGCAUGGACGAAGGAGAUUCUGUGGAUGUGCCUUUGGACGAUUCAUGGACGCCCUUUAAUACGACUUCCAAUGUUAUUCAAUACACCACCGAGGAAUAUACCCAGCAUUUGAAAGACGACGAUUGGACACGUGAAGAAACAGACUACUUGGUUGAGAUGUGCGACACCUAUGAUCUGCGCUUCAUUGUGAUUGCAGACCGCUAUGAAUGGCCAGGUAAGCAGCGCAGCAUUGAGGACCUCAAGUCACGGUAUUAUACCAUCUGUCGUCGGCUGCUCCGCGAGCGCAUUAGUGACGAAGACAUUGAGACUCGGCAGGCACAACUACAGACCUAUGCGUACGACCGACAGCAAGAGACGGAACGCAAAGCAGCUGUACAGAAAUUGUUUUCACGUACACCUGAGCAACUGGCCGAAGAAGAGGCCUUGUACGUGGAAGCACGUCGUCUCGAGCAGAAUGAGACCAAAUUUGCCAAAGAACGGGACGACUUACUACGGCUCUUGGGUGGCUGGGAAGGUCUUCCUUCUUAUACCUCGACCACUGUAUCGGCCGUGGGCGCCGGUUUGAUUUGGCCGCCUCAUACUGCAGCUGAUUCCGCCAGCGAUGAUGCACGAAAGCAGAAGCGCCGCAAGACCGAUGCCGCUGUUCCUGCUGCCAAAGGGAAAGUCGACCCUAAACAACUUCUAUUCGACGCACAGCAUUUCAUCUCGCGCUUCCCUACGACAGCGCCCAGUGUCCUCCGUACACCGUAUCCCAACUUGAUUGGUACACCGUCUGUUCUCCCCCCCGUGGCUCCUGCUGCUGGUGCCACCAAAGGAGAGAGUACUAGUCACCACGGCGCCUAUUUGCGAUCUACGCGCGCCCUCACAUUUCGGCCCAAUCAGUACACGAAGGUCAUGCAGGCCUUGGCGGAGCUACAUCCUCCGAUUGGGCCACGUUUGGUGUACCCCACGGCGACCAAUGUCGAGAAAUGGGAGACGCUCCUAGGCGCUGUGGCGGGCAGCCUGGAAAUGAAGAAACAACUAGAGCGUGUGGAAGCAGAAUAUCGCAUUGUGCAAGCACGUUUAGCCGCCGUGGAAGCAGCGACUACAGGUUCCACGACGCCCGCUGCGGCUGUGGCGGCGGCGCCUGGGCCGGAUGAUUCUAUGACGACUACCACAUCCACGUACGGAUAA